AACACCAUGCUACUUCCGCUACAGCUGCGCAAGUGCGAUAAAGAGCAAGAAAAUAAACACGAAAAUAACAGGAGCCUAAAAAGUUUAUUUUAUUUGAAUUGUAGUGGUAAACACAUAUACAUAGUAAUGACUUGAAAAAGGGAAGAUGAAAAUGAAGAUUUUACUGGUGACAUUACAACUUGUAGUUUUUGUUGCUGCAGAAUUGACUUUCAUUAAAAAUACAUAUCCAAAUCCUAACUCGAAAGAAGCUUUCCGACACAUGAUCAAAGAUAAAGCUACAGGCUAUAUUUAUGUUGCUGGAGUCAAUAAAAUUAUACAAUUAAAUGAAAAUUUUACAGUGUUACAGUCCAUCGGAACUGGACCAAGACUAGAUGAUCCAGAAUGUCUUCCACACGAAUUAAACUUGUGUAAAGCCAAAAAGAUGACCGAUAAUUACAGCAAAGCUCUCAUGAUUGACGACAGAGGAAAACGGCUUAUCGCUUGUUCUAGUCUCUUCCAAGGUUCAUGUAAAAAGUACCAUUUGUCAGACAUUACUAAAUUUGAUAAUGACUCUUCCAGAAAUAAGUACAUAGUUGCAAAUAAUGCGACAGCAACUACUGUUGCUUUCAUAGCACCUGGUCCAACAGAGGAUGGUCAGAUUGUACAACCAAACGUUAUGUAUGUUGGAACAACGUAUACAACUUCUGGCUCAAAACUUGUAAGAGACGAUAUUCCAGCAUUUUGUAGUAGGAAUGUUAACACGUUUGAUUUAGCCCAUAAAGGUCCUUUUGUCAGCACUUCAAAAUUCAUUGAUGGAUAUCAUCGCUCUACCUUUUUUGUGAAUUACAUUUACGGUUUUUCAUCAGAUUCUUUCAGUUAUAUGGCUACGGUACAGAGAGCCAGUACUGCGGCAGAAAAAUACAUCACAAAGUUAAUUCGUGUCUGUCAAAAUGAUAAAAGUUUUUAUUCUUAUACAGAGGUUGAACUGGUCUGUGAACAUAAUGGAGCUAAAUAUAAUUUACUGCAGGCCGCUCGCAAAGCUAAACCGGGGAAAUUGUUGGCGGAAGCUCUGGGCAUAAAUAUGUCAAAGGAUGUUCUCUUCGCUACAUUUUCUAUAGGCAAAGCAGGUUCAACAGAUGCAUUGAAUGAUACGGCUGUCUGCAUAUACCAAUUAGAAACAAUCAAGACGAUAUUUACAAAAAAUGUUCGAAAUUGUUUUGAUGGAGUUGGAAAUACCGGACCAGAUCACAUCGUAGGGAGAGAACCGUGCCAGAAAGCAAAAGGUUUUAUAGACAGGAUAGAUUUGAAUUAUUGCAGAGAACUGGAUAUCAAUCACCCCAUUGAUGGGUUAGACCCAAUAUCAGCGAGAGCAGCGCUAACACUGAAAACAAAGGUGUCAGCAAUAACAGUUGCUGUUACACACGAUUACACAAUAGCCUUUAUUGGAACACAAAAUGGACAUAUUAUAAAGGUGGCCAUUGAAUCUCAAGAACUAGCCCACAUGUAUGAAGAUCGUGAGAUUGAAAACGGAGCUAGGAUCCAUGAAGACAUGGUGUUUGAUAUGGCAGAGAAUUAUCUGUUUGUUAUGACAGACAAAAAGAUUUAUAAGUUAGCAUUACAAGACUGUAGCCAGUAUGAAAGUUGCGGUGAAUGCAGAGGAGCUAAUGAUCCAUUCUGUGGCUGGUGUUCUUUGGAAGACAAAUGUAGCGUUAGAGAACAGUGUGAAUCUAAUGAGUCAGAACUAAGAUGGCUAGGAUACAAAGGAGAAACAUGUACAAACAUUACAUCUGUGUACCCAGACAAACUCCAGAAGAACAACAAAGUAUCCAGGACUACAAGUUUAACUUUAAAUAUAUCCAAUCUACCAACAUAUGAGCCAUUUAAAAUUGUUUGUCAAUUUUCUGGAUAUAAUACUGUACUGCUGACCAAAGCAAACAGGACAUCAUCGAACACCAUGACUUGUGAAACACCAUUGCCUAAUCAGCUCCCAUCAUUCCCUGUUGGUGAAGAUCACAUAAUUAUGAAGUUGUCAGUUGUCAUCGACAAACGUUUGUUUGUGUCCACUAACUUCACCUUCUUUGAUUGUGAGGUACACAGUGAUGAUGCAUGUUACAAGUGUAGUCUGAGCAAGUUCAACUGUACAUGGUGUAUCAAGAACCACAUGUGUACAUAUUAUCCACUACAGGAUUGCAGCGAAACAGAUGAAUUUGUAGCUGCUUUGAAUAGUGGAGGAUUUUUACAUAAGCAUACUGUUGGACCAGACAAAUGUCCCAGGAUAAGUAAAGGACAUCCAGAGAUACUGGUACCCUCUGGAAACUACAAGAAAGUCGUCCUGUUUGCUCAUAACCUGAGGACUUUUCAGUACCCUAUAUACUGUUACUUCAGCAUAGGAUCUGGAAGAUUUGUUACAGCUCGUCUUAUAUCACACACAGAGUCUGAAAAGAUCGUAGAAUGUGAAAAUACUGAGUUUUCUUAUAUUGAGAAUACACAAACCUGGAAUGUUCCAUUCAAAAUAACAUGGGGUUCGAAAGACUUGAACAAGCCAUUUGAUAAUCCUGGUCAUGUUCAAGUAAAGAUGUAUAAAUGUGAGAUGAUGGGUAACAAUUGUGGAUCCUGUUUGAUCAUCCCGACAGAUUACAAUUGUGGUUGGUGUGAUUCAAGAUGUAGUAUCCAGGGCGAUUGUAGAGACUCCAUCUGGUUACAUAGUUCUUCUACCUGUCCUAACCCUAAGAUUAUUAGCAUAAAUCCAGUAUCAGGGCCAAAGAAUGGUGGUACAGAAUUGACAAUCAUAGGAGAAAAUUUAGGGAGAACUUACGCAGACAUUGUCAGUUAUGUUGAUGUUGCAGGAAUUUCUUGUUCACCACUGAGAGAUAAAUAUAAGCCACCUAGCAGGAUUGUUUGUGAGACGGGGGAAUAUUUUGAGGCCUUUCAACAAAGAGGUCCAGUACGUGUCACAGUCAAUGGACAGUAUCUAGCAGAGUCUAAACAGAUAUUUUCUUAUGUGACACCCAACAUAACCAGUUUAUCACCAACUCAAGGAGCCAUGUCAGGAGGAACUGAGAUCACAAUCACUGGACAGUCUAUGAAUGCUGGGACUAACAUAUCAGUCUAUAUAGAUAAUACACCAUGUACUUUGAUAAAGAAAACACGAGACAAUGUGAUCUGUGAGACACAAGCUUCAAACAAAACAAAGAUUGGGAAACUUACCAUGACGUUUGACUUCCAGUCAAUAUCUAGUCCAUUAACAUUUAGAUAUAUGGAAGACCCAAUCAUUUAUAUUGCAAAACCCUUAAAAACUAUCAAAAGUGGAGGUAUGCCUGUCAAUGUGACAGGUCAAAGGUUACAUAUCAUUCAGAACCCAAGAAUAGUUUUCUGGGGAGAAAACAAAGAAACAUAUGAAGGAGAUUGUUACAAGGGUUCAACUGUACAAGAAAUGACCUGCUGGACACCUUACGUCGCCAUCAACUUUACACAUCGUAGAAAGAGAUCAGAGGAACAGGAGAAGACUCCAGCGAUUGUUUUAGAGUAUGGUUUUAUGUUAGAUAAUGUGAAAGCCUAUCAGAAAUUUGGUAACUUCACAGUCUAUCCAGAUCCUGAAUUUGAGGCAUUUAGUCCCAGUACUAAGAUAUUCUCAGGUGGAAGGACAAAUGAUUUUCUGACAAUUGGUGGUAAAUAUUUGACAGAUACUGGCUUUGUGCACAACCAAGUGAAAGUACAGAUUGGUAAAGGAGAAUGUGAAGUUAAAUCCAUACAGUUCUUACUGAGUUGUAAACCUCCUAAAAAUCAGCCAACAGCUUUGAGUGGAGGACAGUAUCCUGAAGUGAUUAUAAGUGUUGGCAAAAAUCUGACGGUGACGUUAGGAAACCUGAAAUAUGGCGAAAACGAGAUUGGUCUUCCUACAAUGUAUAUUAUCCUGAUCAGUGCUGGUGGUGGAUUGCUGCUGUUGGUUGUUAUCAUGGUAUUAUGCUUGUACAGGGUGAAGUCAAAAAAGAACGACAGCAUGAUGAAAAAGAUGCAAAAUCAAAUGGACAACUUAGAAUUGAAAGUGGCAAAAGAGUGCAAAGAAGCCUUUGCAGAACUUCAGACAGACAUGACAGAGUUGACCAAUGAUUUGUAUGGACAAGUAUCAAUACCAUUCUGGAACUAUCAGACAUAUUGUAUGAGAGUUUUGUUCCCACAAGACAAUACAGUUGAUCAUCCAGUUAUCAAAGAUUUGGAGGUUGACUACAAUAGAAGAGAUAGUGUUGAGAAAGGACUGGCGCUGUUCUCUCAGCUGAUUGGUAACAAGACAUUCCUGUUGACCUUUAUACGAACUCUGGAAACCCAUAAAAAUUUCUCCAUGAAGGACAAAGUUAAUGUAGCAUCCUUGAUAUCAGUAGCAUUACAAACUAAAAUGGAAUAUAGUACAGAGAUCUUGAAAACUUUACUCAGUGAUUUAAUAGAAAGAUCCAUAGAUGGAAGGAAAGAACCUAAGCUUCUGUUUAGAAGGAAUGAAUCUGUUGCAGAGAAAAUGCUGACUAAUUGGUUUACAUUUUUAUUGUAUAAAUUUUUAAAGGAGGUUGCUGGUGAACCUCUCUUUAUGUUGUAUUUAGCUAUGAAACAACAGGUGGCCAAAGGUCCAGUAGAUUCUGCCACAAGUGAGGCAAGAUACUCUCUGAGUGAGGACAAACUGAUAAGACAACAGAUAGAGUAUAGACAGAUGACUGUUUAUGUGCAAGACAUGGAACAGUAUCAGGCUGCACACCCUGUUAAAGUUCUAGACUGUGAUACUGUUUCUCAAGUGAAAGAGAAAAUAUUGGAUGCUAUUUAUAAAAAUGCUCCAUUUAGUAGUCGACCAAUCAAAGAUGAUGUAGAUUUAGUGUUGUUUGAUCCAUCUACAGAAUGGAACAGCGGCACAAAAGGUCGCUUAAUUUUACAAGAUGACGACAACACGACAAAACAAGAAGGGGAGUACAGAAGGAUAAAUACUUUAUUACAUUAUAAGGUAAACGAUGGAGCCUACAUGUCACUAGUGCCAAAACAGACAGUCCAGUUUAAUCAGUCCUCACUGAAUUCAUCAGAGAAAUCAGGGUCCAAAUUCUAUGACAAUUUUCCUUUUUCUACCAGAAGUCCUUCAUUAAAUAGAACAGUUACACCACAGAAUGUUGCUCUAGAGAUGGAGAUAGCGGGUGUUAAUAAAUUUUAUCAUUUAGUGCGACCCCAUGAAUCUGAGAACUUCAACAAAGAAGGUACGGAUCGUGGAAGCAAGAUGGUGUCAGAGAUAUAUCUGACGAGGUUACUAGCUACAAAGGGUACCCUGCAACAGUAUGUGGAUGAUUUGUUUGAGAGAAUUUUCAGUAUUGCUCACCGAGGGAAUGCACUCCCUCUUGCCAUUAAGUAUAUGUUUGAUUUCUUAGAUGAUCAAGCAUUGUUACACAAUAUACAGGACCAAGAAGUUGUAUAUACAUGGAAAUCCAAUAGCUUGCCUCUGAGGUUUUGGGUGAAUGUGAUAAAGAAUCCAAACUUUGUAUUUGACAUUUAUAAAUCAAACAUUGUUGACUCGUGUUUAAGUGUAGUAGCUCAAACAUUCAUGGACUCGUGUUCACAGAGCCCCCAUCGAUUGGGGAAGGACUCACCUUCUAGUAAACUAUUAUUUGCUAAGGAUAUUCCUAAAUUUAAGAAAUGGGUGGAACGGUAUUAUCAAGACAUAACAAUGAUGCCCGCCAUCAGUGAUCAAGACAUGACAGCCAUGAUGACUGAGGAAUCUAGGGUUCAUCAAGAUGAAUUCAAUACUACAGCUGCACUACAUGAAUUGUAUAAAUAUGUUGUGAAAUAUAAUGAAGAGUUAUGGCAAGCAUUAGAAGAGGAUGAAUUUGCAAAGAAAAAUAGAUUGCAGUUCAAGUUGGAGCAAGUGAGGUUAGCAAUGGACAAAGAAGUGUACUGCUGACAGAAAUCUCAGGACAUUUUAGUGCUAUGUUUACUGCUGUGAUAAUACAUAUUUCAUCAAUUCAUUUGUAUUCAUUUCUAAAUGUAUUAAACAUGUACAUGUAGUCAGUUGCUAUGCCAUAAAAAAAAAAAGAUUGCAAAUAAUUUUUUUGAUUAUUUUGAUGUUUGAAAAUUAUUUGUUGAAGAAAAUAGUUUUUAUUUAUAAAGACUUUUGUACCUAGAUAAGUUUUUCGUAAUUUAAAAAGUUUUCUCCCUUUGUAUAAAAAAAUUGUCAUCUUUGUUAAUUGAACAGUUAUAAGACUUUGUUUUGUAAGCUUAUUAGGGAUGAAAAUAUUUUUUAAACCAAGAGAGAAAAAAGGUUUAUGAAUUAUGAAUGAAAGUAACUCAUUUUUAUACGACCGCAAAAAAAUUUUUGUGGUCGUAUAUUGGUAUGACGUUGGCGUCGUCGUCGUCGUCGUCGUCGUCCGGCGUCGUCGUCCGAAGACACAUUGGUUUUCGCACUCUAACUUUAGUUUAAGUGAAUGGAUCUUUAUGAAAUUUUACCACAAGGUUCAAUACCACAAAAGGAAGGUUGGGAUUGAUUUUGGGGGUUAUGGUAAUAACAGUAAAGGAAUUAGGGGCCAAAAAUAAGCAUUUUUGUAACUUCCAGACAUAACUUGUGUGUUAGUGUAUGGAUCUCUCUGACAUUGUACCACAAGGUUCCAUAUCACUAAAGGAAUGCUGGGAUUGAUUUUGGGGGUAAUUGCCUCCAAAUUUUAGGAAUUAGGGGCCAAAAAAGGGGCAAAAAACAAGCAUUUUUCUAGUUUCAUGACAAUAACUUGUGUGUAAGUGUAUGGAUCUUUCUGAAAUUGUACUACAAGGUUCCAUAUCACAAAGGGAAAGCUGGGUUUGAGUUUGGGGGUAAUUGCCCUAAACGUUUAGGAAUUUGGGGCCAAAAAGGGGCCAAAAAACACAUUUUUUUUCUAGUUUCCAGACAAUAACUUGUGUUCAAGUGUAUGGAUCUCUCUGAAAUUGUACUGCAAGGUACCAUACCACAAAGGGAAGGCUGGGAUUGAGUUUGGGGGUGAUGAAUCAUAAUGGGGGUUCAAAAAAUUUUGGGGGGGGAUUUAUUUUUUUUUCCUUUUUUUUUCUUUUUUUCCUUUUUUGUUUCUUUUAAAAUUUUCCAUUUUAAGUUGGUUAUUUCUGAUUUAUAUUUAAAAUCAAAUAAUAAUGAUAUGGUAGGAGAUACACACCAAACAGGAUGUGUAAAUUAUUAUAUAAUAAGUAUUGUGCAAUAGCAAGAAAUUUUCAAUUGCACAGUAUUGCACAAUAGCAAGAAAUCUUCAAUUGCACAGUAUUGCGCAAUAGCAAGAAAUCUUCAAUUGCACAGUAUUGCGCAAUAGCAAGAAAUAUCCAAUAGCACAAUAUUGCACAAUAGCAAGAAAUUGUCAAUUGUACAGUAUUGUGCAAUAGCAAGAAAUAUUUAAUAGCACAGGAUUGUGCAAAAGAAGAUACUUCCUAUAAAUUGCUUAUUUCUUGACCAAUUUCAAUGGGGUUUUAUUCUUGAUUUCAUGGGGUUCUUUAAUAUGCUGAAUCUAACCGUGUAUUUAGUUUUUGGAUAUUGGGCCCCGUUUUUAAAUUGGUCCACAUUGAGGUCCAAAGGGUCCAAAAUUAAACUUUGUUUGAUUUCAUCAAAAAUUGAAUUAUUGGGGUUCUUUGAUAUGCCGAAUCUAACUGUGUAUUUAGAUUCUUAAAUUUUGGUUCCGUUUUCAAAUUGGUCUACAUUAAGGUCCAAAGGGUCCAAAAUUAAACUUAGUUUGAUUUUAAAAAAAAUUGAAUUCUUAGGGUUCUUUGAUAUGCUGAAUCUAAACAUGUAUUUAGAUUUUUGAUUAUGGGCCCAGUUUUCAAGUUGGUCCAAAUCGGGGUCCAAAAUUAAACUUUGUUUGAUUUCAACAAAAAUUGAAUAUAUGGGGUUCUUUGAUAUGCUGAAUCUAACCAUGUAUUUAGAUUUUUGAUUUUUGGGCCCCGUUAUCAACUUUGUCCACAUUGAGGUCAAAAGGGUCCAAAAUUAAACUUUGUUUGAUUUCAUCAAAAAUUGAAUUAUUGGGGUUCUUUGAUAUGCCGAAUCUAACCGUGUAUUUAGAUUCUUAAUUUUUGGUUCCGUUUUCAAAUUGGUCUACAUUAAGGUCCAAAGGGUCCAAAAUUAAACUUAGUUUGAUUUUAACAAAAAUUGAAUUCUUAGGGUUCUUUGAUAUGCUGAAUCUAAACAUGUAUUUAGAUUUUUGAUUAUGGGCCCAGUUUUCAAGUUGGUCCAAAUCGGGGUCCAAAAUUAAACUUUGUUUGAUUUCAACAAAAAUUGAAUAUAUGGGGUUCUUUGAUAUGCUGAAUCUAACCAUGUACCGGUAUUUAGAUUUUUGAUUUUUGGGCCCCGUUAUCAACUUUGUCCACAUUGAGGUCAAAAGGGUCCAAAAUUAAACUUUGUUUGAUUUCAUCAAAAAUUGAGUUCUUGGGGUUCUUUGAUAUGCUGAAUCUAACCAUGUAUUUAGAUUUUGGAUAUUGGACCAUAAUAGGUGAAUGUCCAAUUUAAAAUUUUUAAGCUCUUAGACCACAUUCAUUUUGUGUCAGAAACCUAUGCUGUGUCAAAUAUUUAAUCACAAUCCAAAUCC